AAACGUAACUUACGACUCAAGGGCCCUGGCAACACUGCUCCUCCGUCCAUUUUCAUUUCGCAAACUUAAAAAAACGACGACGGAAAAGAAAAAGACAUUUCUUUUUGUCGGUUAAAAUAUUUCUCGAUGCAAGAUAAUGUGAGUGAUCUGCCGUUUGUAUAGUGGAGUCUUUGUUUAUAAAACUCCGUUAAGCGGUUUCGCUGAAGCAGACGAUUCUAGCGUAUCAAAAUUUGACGUAACCACGUAACACACAAUGGAGGAUGAAAAUGAAUAUAAGAAGUUGCCGACAGAAGAAAAAUGUGUACACAAAUUGUGGAAGGCCAGAGUUGCGGGCUAUGAGGAGGCAAUCAAGCUCUUCAAUCAGAUUGAUGACGAGAAAAGUCCAGAAUGGAACAAAUACCUUGGACUUAUCAAGAAGUUUGUCACAGACAGCAAUGCUGUUGCACAGGAAAAAGGUCUCGAAGCCGCGCUGGUUUUCGUGGAGAACUGCGGGCAUGCCGGCAAGACGACCGGUGAGGUGAUGUCUGGUAUCGUUGCCAAGUGCAUCGCCGCGCCCAAAACUAAGACUAAAGAUUUAGCAUUGCAGAUAACACUAAUGUACGUAGAGAUUGAAAAACACGAGACGGUCGAAGAAGAGUUAUUGAAAGGCAUGGAACAGAAGAAUCCGAAAGUGGUGGCGGCUUGUAUUGCCGCCUUGAACACAUCCCUCAAACAGUUUGGCAACAAAGUGAUAGCGAUAAAGCCUAUGGUGAAGAAAAUACCUAUACUGUUAGCUGACAGAGACAAGAGUGUUCGUGAUGAGAUGAAGGCGCUGGUUAUUGAGAUGCACAGAUGGAUCGGCGGCGCCAUCGAGCCGCACAUCGCGUCGCUGCAGGCGGUGGUGCAGCAGGAGCUGCGCGAGUCGUUCGGCGCGGGCGCGGGCGCGGGCGGCGCGCAGCCCUCGCGCUACCUGCGCUCGCAGCAGCACCGCGUGCGCGACGCGCCCGCCGCCGACGCCACUGACGGUGCAGAAGAAGACGAAGACGCGGAGACAGGAGGCGGCGAUUCAGCAGACAUGGAUCCUUACGACCUUCUCGAUCCCGUGGAGAUUUUAUCCAAGCUGCCCAAAGACUUCUACGAUAAAUUGGAAGCGAAGAAGUGGCAAGAGAGGAAGGAGGCGCUUGAUGCACUCGAGAAUCUGUUGAAGUCUGCGCCUAAAUUGGAGCCUGGAGAUUAUGCUGACUUAGUUAGGGCUUUGAAGAAGGUGAUAUCAAAAGACACGAACGUGAUGUUGGUGGCAUUGGGCGGGCGGUUGCUGGGCAUGGUGGCGACGGGGCUGCGCGGCAAGUUCUCGCCGUACGCCACGGCGUGCGUGCAGGCCAUACUGGAGAAGUUCAAGGAGAAAAAAACUAACGUCGUCACGGCGCUGCGAGAGGCUAUCGAUGCUAUUUAUCCUUGUACUAACUUAGAAGCGAUAAUGGAAGACAUGUUGGCGGCGUUCGACAAUAAGAACCCGUCGAUAAAGGCUGAAAGCGCAUUGUUCCUCGCGCGUGCGCUGUGCCACACGCAGCCCGCCGCAUUCAGCAAGAAACUCAUUAAGGCAUACGUGGCAGGGUUGCUGAAACUACUUGAGAGUGCUGAUCCCGCUGUAAGAGAUGCAGCAGCGGAGGCGUUGGGUACAGCGACCAAGUUGGUCGGCGAGAAGAACAUCGCGCCUCAUAUCGGCAAACUGGACAACUUGAAGGAACAGAAAAUAAAAGAAUUCGCGGAGAAGGCUGUCAUACAAGUCAAAGUGGCAGCUCCAAAGAAGGAAGCCAAGCCUAAAUCAGCCUCCGCUCCCUCGGGGAAGGGCGACACCAAACCCCAGGCUGGUUCAUCUCAGCCCAAACCUGUCAAACGACCAGCAUCAGCUGCAAAGAAGCCGGCGGGCGGUGCUAAGAAGUCUCCGGCGGCGCGCGGACAGGCCAGCCCGCCCAGAGAACAAGAACUGUCGCAAGAGGAGGUCGACGCACGCGCAGAACAGCUGCUCACGUCUGACGUCAUUUCCGGUCUUGGCGAUAGCAACUGGAAAAAUCGUCUAACGGCGGUGCAAAGCUUCCAUUCUACCGUCCAAGGACUAACAACGAACGACGCCACGGCACAAGUGUUGUAUCGCAUUUUAAACAAGAAACCUGGCCUGAAAGACACCAAUGUACAAGUGCUGAAAGCGAGAUUAGAAGUGUGCAAGUAUAUAACUGAGAACUUCCCGGUAUCUACAACGGCAUCAGAAUUUGUAUUGCAAGAUGUGGUGACCAAACUGGGCGAGUCAUCGUGCUCAAGCUUGUCUUCCGAUUGCCUCACAUCGCUAGCAGAGUCGUGUGGUCUCGAACAUGUUUUGAAUGAGAGUUUGACCUUCGCCAUGGACUCGCAGAAGAACCCCAAAGUGCAGUCGGAGCUGUUUAACUGGAUGUCUAAUGCUAUUAAGGAGUUUGGGUUUAACAUGAACAUAAAGUCAAUAAUAGCGCAUUCGAAGAAGGCUCUCUCCGCAACGAAUCCGAACGUGAGAACAUCUACUGUGAACUUCCUCGGCAUACUGUCUCUAUACGUGGGGCCAUCGCUUAUCAACCACUUUGACAGCGAGAAGCCUGCCACCAAGCAGCUGAUCAGUUUGGAACUGGACAAGUACGCGAACAGCACGCCUCCAACGCCUACGCGACAGAUGGGCACUGUUAGCAAGUCCGCGAGCAAGGCGUCGAUGGGCGACGACAUAGAAGAAGCGUACUCUGAGGCGGCGGAGGAGGAGCCCGCGCCCGUCGAGGACACGCGCCCGCGCACAGACAUCGCGCCGCUCAUCACCGAUGCGCUCAUCGCAGAGAUCAACGACAAGAACUGGAAGGUUCGUAACGAAGCCCUGGACAAGGUGAAGGCGUUAGUGACCAGCUCUGCGCCGAUCAAGCCCUCGCUUGGUGAACUGCCUGCAGCACUGGUGGCUCGUCUGUUGGACUCCAACUCGAAGCUGGCGCAGACGGCGCUGAACAUAUGCGCCGCGCUCGCCACCGCCAUGGGCACCAAAUGCAAAGUGCAUGUCAGGACGUUCUUCCCGGCCUUCUUCCAAGCGUUCGGCGACAGCAAGCAAUGGAUCCGCGCGGCGGCGGUGUCGUGCGUGGAGACGUGGUGCCGCGAGGCGGGCGCGCACGCGCCGCUCGAGGGGGAGAUGGUGUUCGACGCGCUGAAGGCGGGCUCGCCCGUUCUCCGCGCCUCGCUGCUGCAGUGGCUCACCGACCACCUGCCUAAUGUGCCAGCCAAGUCGUUCCCUCGCGAGGAACUGUCCGUGUGCGUGCCGACGUUGUUCGCGUGUUUGGAGGACCGCGCGGCCGACGUGCGCAAGACCGCCGCUGACUGCGUGCUGCCGUUCAUGCUGCACCUCGGAUACGAGGCCAUGCAUAAACAGCUCGAUAAAUUGAAGCCCGGCUCAAAAACCGUAGUACAAGCAGCAUUAGACAAGGCCCGCCCUAACCUCCCAGUACAACCGUUGCCUUCUAAAGGAAAGAAGGAAGAACCCAAAGGUGUUAAAACUGGCGGUGCUCUUAAGAAGGAAGCUGAUAAGAAAGGGGCUCCAGCUGCUAAGGGCAAGGUGGUGAAACCUGGUUCAGCAUCUAGCCGCGGCAAGAAAGAUGACGAAGAUUGCUCCCCGUUACUGCCCAACAACAACGCAAAGAACCAAAGAAUUAUAGACGACCAGAAACUUAAAGUGUUGAAGUGGAACUUCACAACUCCACGCGAAGAGUUCUUUGAACUGCUUAAAGAGCAGAUGGGAAGCGCUGGAUUGAAUAAGCAGCUUGUGGCAAAUAUGUUUCAUAAUGAUUUUAGAUAUCACCUCAAAGCAAUUGAAGCACUAUCAGAAGAUCUCCACGAGAACGGCUCAGCUUUGAUGGCUAACCUUGACUUGGUGCUAAAAUGGUUGACCCUAAGGUUCUUUGACACCAAUCCUUCAGUUAUUCUGAAAGGUCUGGAGUAUUUGUCGUUGGUGUUCCAGUAUUUAAUGGACAGUGACUACACUAUGGCUGAGUAUGAAGCUAAUUGCUUCAUACCGUAUCUUGUUUUAAAGGUCGGCGAUCCAAAAGACACAGUCCGCAAUGGCGUCAAAGCUCUGUUUAAACAAAUAUGCGUCGUAUAUUCGGUCACUAAAUUGUUUAAUUAUUUGAUGGAAGGACUGAAGUCUAAGAACGCGAGACAACGAGCUGAAUGCCUGGAGUGCAUCGGGCACCUACUGGAGACGUACGGUUCGACGGUGAUGUCGUCGGCGGGCGGCGCGCUGAAGGAGCUGGCGCGGCACAUAGGCGACCGCGACAACGCCGUGCGCUCCGCCGCGCUCAACUGCAUCGCCAGCGCGUACUUCCUCGAGGGGGAGAAGGUCUACAAGAUGAUUGGACAGAUAUCCGACAAAGACCUCUCGUUAUUAGAGGAACGUAUCAAGAGAGCGGGUAAGACGCGCAGCGCCGAGGCUCGUCGUUCUAUGGUCGUGCCGUUAUCUGCUUCUGGCAAACCUAUACAAGUACCACAGGAGGACCCUGAGCCCCCAAGGCGUGUGAUAUCUGUGGAUACUAUUCCUCAAGCCGAAUACGAAGAGGAAGAGGAGGAGGAACCGCCACCGCCAGUCAAUCCCACGCCACCUGAGCCGAAGGUGAUCACCGGCCCGUUCGGCUUGGACCCCGAGCUGAUAGCGCAGCUGGAUGCCGCGGUGCCGCCCACGCGCCGCCCGGACCUUAAGCAGCCGGACCUCAAGUUCCUGGACGAGCCGAUACCCGUUAGCGGUAUCAGGAAACAGCCGUCGCAACCUAUACGAUCCAGCAUGGUCCCGCUGUCUCCGCCGCGUCACGCGCACCCGCUCGUGAGCACGACGCAGCACGCGCCGCCCGCCAUCGACGACUCGCAGCUCGCCGACACCAUACAUUCUAUUGCUAGUCCUGAUUUAAACGCGGCGGUGCGCGCGCUGUCGCUGAUCUCGGGCGCGCUGGUGUCGGGGCGCGGCGCGGCGCUGGCGGCGCACGAGGCGCGCCUGCUCGGCGCCGCGGCCGCGCAGCUGCGCCGCCUCCGCUCAGCGCCGCCGCAGGACGCGCUGCCCGCUUACAAGUUCCUCGCGGGCGCGCUCACCACCUUCUACGACACGGCGGGCUGCGGGUCGCACGUGAGCGAGGCGGCGCUGUGCGCGCUGCUGGGCGAGUUGCUGCGCGUGCUGGGCGCCAGCGCGGGCGUGGGCUCGGCGCCGGCCGGCCCGGGCGCCGCGCCCGACCCCGAGCGCCUCGUGCGCAUCCUCAACAACGUGUGCGUGCGCGUGCUCGAGCACUCGCCGCGCACGCCGCUGCUCUGCGCGAUAGUGACCCUACUGCAUGAGUCGAUAGGCGUAUCGGACCCGGAAUUCCCUCGCUACCAGGACCUCCUGCUCAAAUGCUUCUGGAAGACGCUAAAGAUGAUCUCCACCUGGGACGUGAACUCUAUAGACUACGACGCGGUGCUGUACAAGAUACACCUGUUCUACAAGGCCUACCCGAACAGUUAUUGGAAGAAAAACCCGGAUAUCAGCGAUACACCAUACAGGACAGUAAAAACUCUGGUGCAUACUCUAGUCAAAAUGAAAGGAGCUUCCAUAGUCAACCACCUCACGCAGAUUCCAGACGUGAACGAGUCAGAUCUGUAUCCUUAUUUACUUAAAGUUCUCAAGCAACUAAAGCUGGACGAGAAGAAAGAGCCGGACGCGAUGAACGGCGGCAGCGUGGUGUCGGCGAUGGGCGGCGGCGGCGGCGGCGGCGGCGGCGGCGGCGGCGGAGGCGGGCGGCUCGCGCGCUCCGUGCACGAGGAGCUCGCGCUCAUCCUCAAGCGCAUCGGCACCAAGGACCACAACAAGGACGCGCUCUCGCAGCUGUACGACUUGAGGGAACGUCACCCUGAAGUGGAUAUUUGGACGUUCAUGCAAGGCUCGUCGUUCUACUUCCGUAACUAUGUGGAGCGCGGGCUAAGAGAGGUGGCCGAGCAAAGGAAACUCGCCUCUAUGCCUAUAUACAAACACGACUACAAGACGGAGAACAUCGACAUAAGUAACGAAAACGACGAGAAAUCUCAUGUCAUAUUCUUAGAGCGACUUAGGGCUUUACAGGCUAAAGCCGGCAUGAAGACAGAGUCGACGCCGUCUUCACAACCGCGCACACCCAUCGGCGACAACAGGACUCUGGUAGAAUCGAUUAACGAAAACUCAUUGCCAAGGGCUCACAGCAUCGACCCACAAUUGGAGUUACACACAACGCAACCGAUGUCCCACAAGAACGAGGCAGCCGUGGACGCCCUACGCCUUAAACUCCAGCAAAUCAAAAGUUCGUCCAAGAGAUAAGGCUAUCUCUGUCUCUCUCAUCACGGAUUUGAUAGCUCUCUCUCAUUCACACGUCACACGAACACGCGUUGGUAUCGAUGUAGAACAGGUUGUCAUUCACCUGCGACAGAUGGCGCUAAAAUAAAAAAGGUUGCUUUAAAAAGGUUCAUUAUCGCGAAAGAAAAAAAAACAACUGCGUGAUCCAUUUCGAUAAAAGUGCUGUUUUAUAAUUUUAAUUCAUGCGAUUCUGUGACAUUCGAAAUAUUAGUAAUUGGUUAUAAUUAGCAGCUAAAUCAACAUGUUAUGGACAAAUUAACAGUGAAGUAACUAACGUGCUUGCAUACCGAAUCAACUUUCGUCACAAACAACCAUCUCGCUUCCAACAGUAUCAUAACAUUAUAGUUCCUAGGAUAAUUUAGUGGAAAAUGUCGUAUCUCUUUCGGCUUGACUGAUUGAUGCGUCCAUUUGUACGUCCCUUACUAAGAGUUACAAUGUGACAAUACCGCUAAACAGUAUCGCCCAAUACAGGGUAUAAAGCUUUGCGAUUCUCGAUUCUUAGUAGGGACUUGUGAACUUGGAGUGUGCGAUACGUGCAAUCGUAAAGGCACUCACAGAUUCAGAAUUCAUAAUCGACUCAAGGUCAUUAAAUCAAGGUCGACUUUAGGAAUUCAUAAAUUAUUCACGGUUGAUUUAAUUGUUGAUACAAAUUGUUAAUAAAAUUAGGAAUACCCGUGGUCACGGCUGGUGCGGUGACGUAGCGUUAUGAAGAAUUGUGUUUUAUUUAUUUACAUGUUAUUUGCCAUAGUCUAUAGACCAAAUAUCAUUUACGAACGUAUAUUCAAGAAAACAUGUGUUAUCAGAUAUUUGUACAUUUUCGAAGUUAACACUGAUGUCAUGACAUCAUUCACCCAUAUGGUUUCGUGACAAUACGUAUCUAUUUUUAUUUUAAUAAAUGUGAAAAUAAUUCGAUAUCUAUAUAGCAAAUAUAACUAUUAAAAUUCAAAUUCAAAACUAUAAAAUGAUCGCAGUCGUGAUUUUUCGUUCGUAAAUGUAAUUUUGCAUUAUCAGACUAAUGUAGAACGCCGAAAAUAUGGAAUUUGUACGAUACGUUUUAAAAAGAUAAAAUCUUAGUAUCACGUGGUGUCCCUUCAUUUGAAUAGUUGUGUGAUGUAAACUUAUGAAAGCGUAAUGUUUGUUAUUGGAAGUUUAGAUGUUAAAAUUAACGAAUUUGUAUGUUUCAAAGCCGAUGGAGAUGAACGAAAUAAAUGUAUGUGAUUGUUAGUUAAAAAUCAUUUGUUGUUGGUCACGUGUGGAGGCAAAUUAGAUUCUUCGAAUUUUAAUUCUAAGUUUCGUCACUCACCCAAUAUCGAGUAAUGUAAAUUUGUUUUCAUCUAUUGGUUGAAAUGAUUUGGGUCGACAUUAUUGGUAUAUAUCGUCUAAAUAUAUAACAUAUGGUAUGUUAAAUGAUUGUAUGUAUUACUAAGCACUAGAUCGCACUUUAGUGGACAUAACUCAUGUAUUUUUAUAAUAAUAGGUAAAUAAUCCUGCCCCAUUGUUAGAAUAGAGUUUAUGGAGUUGUGAAAUAAAAGAGUAAAAGGAAAA